UCCUUGUCGACUCUGAGUCAUAAAAUUCGUACAGCUCACAUUUUUUACAGUUGUAUACUCUUACGCGACCUGACCGGUGACCGGUUCUGUAAUGCCUAACGCUACCAAUUCUGUUUAAGAUCUGCGACUGGGUUGAUGCAGUGCAGUGAUCUUUAAUAGAAAUAGUGCUGCGGCUUUUUUACCUAGUCAUUUGUCUUCCAACGACGGCACCGGCAGAAGGUUCCAGCGUUUUAGCUGACGUAGCCUGAUGCUCUAAAGGUAUUUAAGUGAUAGGGUUCUGGACCAUCCACGACAUUUGGGUAGUAUGGCUUUCACUAGUGAUACUCCAUUGGAUCCCAGCCUCUACAGCCUGGACCCUGCUGCGCUCGAGUUCUUUAAGAAGCAAACAGGCAUCACUGAAGAGGAUGAGCUGAAGCACCACAUCCUUGCUGUUCAAGCAAAGGCUUUUGCGGUGGCGCCGUACCCCUGUAUCUACAGCUUCGGAUUUACAAGACUCAGAAUUUCGAGACACCCGAAGUACCAAAGUGUGCUCCAGCUAGGUCGCGAUUGUGGAAGCGCAUUGCUGUUGGAUCUUGGAUGUUGCUUUGGCAAUGAUGCACGCAAGGCAGUGGCGGAUGGCUGGCCAGUCACCCAAGUGAUCUCUACUGAUAUCAGGCAAGAACUUUGGGAUCUAGGACAUGUCCUUUUCCGGUCUACGCCAACAUCUUUCCCCUCGCAGUUCAUUGCGGGUGACUGCCUUGAUCCAACUUUCUUAUCAUCCGAGCCUGUUAUGUCACGCUCACCACCUGAUUUGUCCUCGCUCACCUCACUGAAUGACUUGCAUGGCAAACUUACUGCGAUUCAUGCAUCAUCCAUAUUUCACUUGUUUUCUGCAGAGGAGCAGGCAUCGCUCGUUCGUGCUGUAGCUUCUUUGCUGUCCCCUGCACCAGGGAGCAUUAUAUUUGGGUCUCAUGUCGGACUUCCGAAGCAGGGUACCAUACGGGAGGAAGUGCUUGGUAUGACAGUGGAGAUGUAUUGUUAUGAUCCUGAGAGCUGGAAAAAGCUCUGGGAAGAUGCAGGUCCCUUCAAGACGGAGGCCAUCCUGAAAGAGGUGAUAAGUCCAAAUGGUGAGAUCGGGUGGAUGAUGGUAUGGAGCGCGACGAUGAGUACAAAAUCCAAUGUAUGACAUCACGACGCCUUUAACCAUGCCUACUUUCCAAGCCCUUAGCACACUUACGGAGAGUAAUAAGGCCUACCAUUUGGCAGAAUAUGAUGACAUUUAAAUAGAUUUAAGUUGACCGUUGACAAUAACCACGCUCAAUACUAAUUUCACAGGUUCCGAGAACAAUAUCAUACCGGUCGUAUCCUGCCAGUUCUACGACCGUUAUUGUCCCUUCGAGUC